ACGAGUUAAUCCGAUAAUCAAUUUCAUAAAUCAUAGAUCAAACGGUAAAUAACUGCUAUAGUCUUCUAUCAAAGAACUGCACCGCCUUAACCCUUUUCAUAAUUCUAGUUCUCUCUCUACCUCCCGGUUUUCUCUCUGAUUCUCGAGAAACAAACAAGCUUUUGGAAUUUUGAGUUAUUGGUUUCAGCAAGAUGAGAGGGGGAGGAGGAGGAGGAGGAGGAAACCCUUCUGGGAACUACAGAAACCCAUGUCUUACAAUGCACCAGCCCUGGGCUUCACUGCUUGUUCAUGGCAUCAAACGCAUUGAAGGCAGGUCAUGGCCUUCUCCAAUCAGAGGCCGCCUUUGGAUUCAUGCUGCAAGUAAGGUUCCAGAUGAGGCUACAAUCAAAGCAAUGGAGGAUUUCUACCGGGAAAUUUAUGCAGUGAAUGGAAUUACUGAUCUUAAGUUUCCAGAGCAUUAUCCAAUUUCAAGAUUAUUAGGGUGCAUCGAAGUGGUUGGAUGUGUUAGAGGUGAAGAACUAGCACGCUGGGAGAUGGUACCCGAAGGGGUGAGGCUAGAAGGACAGACUGAUUUUUGUUGGCUUUGUGAACAGCCACAGAAAUUGCUGAUUCCUUUUGAGAUGCGAGGAUACCAACGUGUAUAUAACUUGGAAAAGAAGAUAUAUGAGGCUGCAGUUAGAGGUCUUGUUUCAGUUGAAGGUCCACUGCCAGUGAAAUUUCCACUUCCAAAUCCACAAGAUCCAUUUUCCCUGAAGCCAGGAUCUAUCUCUGUGCAAUUCCCUAAAUCUAAAGUAUCUGACAUAGAAAAAUUAUCAAGCCUCAGUGCUGCCAUAGCUGGUGCACGAGCAGCAGCUACACAGUUCACAAAAAAAGAUGAAAAUCUCUCAAUGGUGAUCAUGAACAGUACACCUGAUACUGUAAGGACUGAUCAAUCAACAAGCAAAUCAUUGAAAGAGGAUGCAAUGCUAGACACUAAUAUUAAUGAAAGAUCAUCUAAUGAUGGGACUUUGGUGUCAAAUGACAAGGAGCAAAGUUUCCUCCCUAAGUGUGAGGCAAGUAGUAGCCGUAAUAAGACACCUGCAGGUGUGGAACAUGGGGGACCUCAUAAGAUUUUCGCUGCCUCCUUGAGAGGGCUCAAGCCGUCAUGAAUUUCUGAAGAUCCUUAAGGAAGGAGAUCUGUAUCUUGAAACCAAAAUGUGUGGCCACCCGGCAGUUAUGAAUCACAUUCGAGAUUCAUUGUAUAGCUCUGUUAAACUGGUUAUACAUCUUGUAGCGUUGUAUGUUAUGAUUUUAUUUAUUUGUUUCCCUUAGCAGCUAUUCUGGCAAUAAGAACUUCUUCUUGUUCUUAUAAUAAAUUAGUCAAUGUAAGGUUCUUUAAGAUUCAUUUGUGUAUGAAAUUGGUAUAAUUGGUUUAGUAAAAUCCAACUCUUUUGACUGCU